GAGAGAGAGAGAGAGAGCACGGGCAAUGGCUCUUGUUCUGCUUCGAACACCCUCUUCCUACUCUCCACCGUCUACCACCACUCCUCUCCUGCCCUUCACCACCGCCUGCCGUUCUCCUUCCCGCGUUCCUUCAUCCGCUGGCCACUGGAAGCGUGUCCGCGGCCUCAGGAUUGCGUCAGGCAGCGGAAGAGGCCUCGCCUUGACGCACGCGGACACAAGCGGGGACCUGAAGGAGAUACGCGACUGCUGCACCGUAUGGAAGUGGAAGGAUUUCGACGUCAAUUACCUUGUCAAAGGGAAGGGUCCGCCUCUCCUUCUUGUUCAUGGCUUCGGUGCCUCCGUCGGCCACUGGCGCAGGAAUAUUGGAGUAUUAUCUGAGUGCUACACAGUUUAUGCUCUUGACUUGCUGGGAUUUGGUGCAUCAGACAAGCCGCCAGGUUUUGCUUACACAAUGGAGGGCUGGGCUCAGUUGAUUCUGGAUUUCUUGGAUGAAGUCAUAAAGAAGCCUACGGUGCUUGUUGGAAACUCAGUUGGAAGCCUUGCAUGUGUUAUCGCUGCUUCAGAAUCUAAUGGAGAUCUUGUCCGAGGGCUUGUGCUGCUAAACUGUGCUGGUGGCAUGAACAACAAGGCGGUUGUCGAUGAUUGGAGGAUCAAACUUCUUUUGCCCUUGCUUUGGUUAUUUGACUUUUUACUGAGCCAAAGGGUGAUAGCAUCAGCUCUUUUUGAGCGUGUUAAACAAAGGGAGAAUCUCAAGAAUAUCUUACUUUCAGUUUAUGGAAACAAGGAUGCUGUUGAUGAAGAUUUAAUUGAGAUUAUCAAGGGACCAGCAGAUGAUAAAGGGGCUCUUGAUGCAUUUGUUUCCAUUGUCACUGGCCCUCCAGGGCCAAAUCCCGUGUCCUUGAUGCCAAAGAUUUCUAUUCCUGUUUUGGUUCUAUGGGGUGAUCGAGAUCCAUUUACUCCUAUUGAUGGGCCUGUAGGAAAAUACUUCUCUUCUUUGCCAUCAAAUUUGCCAAACAUAGAACUGCAUGUUUUACCGGGAGUUGGUCACUGUCCGCAUGAUGAUAGACCAGAUUUGGUCCAUGAGAAGCUUCUUCCCUGGCUAUCUAGUCUUCCAUCCAUGAGCGAGAUAUCUACUGGCUAGUUGCACUGUUAUUCGUUCUUUCGUCGCAAUGUUUCAGUAGUUCCUCUGCUGCCAGGAAAAAUUCGCCUGCUUGUGCUUCACAAAAGGAACUAGCAGGUUGAUGCAUCAUGAUCGUAAACAGCUCUCUCUUGGAAAACUAUUCAUAUAUUGUGUGAUUUUGAAAAGAUAAGUUAGCAGAGACAGAAUAUAGUUUAUGUUGCUACAUUUUAGCCAUUAAUUAACUUUUUGCUCUUAUUUCCGGAAUCAAGUGAGAUCACAAGCUAGUGUCGGAGAUGAACUCCGUGAAACAUACAAGAAUAUUUAACACAACACUUCAAAGAGUAUGUACAGAUUAUUCAAUUACCUAUGCAAGGAAAAGAUUUGUUGUAUGAUUUUGUACCCCUUUCUAGUGGAAUUUCUAUAUGUAUGAUGAGUUCAAUUUUGGUA